AUGAUCAAACUUCUCAUAUUGCCACUGUUGCUUUUCAUUCAUGUAGUGGUAGCCUACAAAACCAUCAUCGAUGUGUUAUCAGAAGACGAAAAGUUCUCAACACUCUUGAAUCAUAUUCAGCACUUUGAAUUGGUCAAAUUUGUCAACAGCCUUGAAUCCGGAACUCUGUUUGCUCCAGACAACGAAGCAUUUAGCAAAUGUCAGUUUGAACUCGAUCGCUCAGCUUUGUUAUAUCAUUUGUUAAAGAGGGGUUUACUGAUGGACGAUACCUAUCAUGGACAACUAAAAGAGACGCUGUACAUCAGACCAGGUUAUCUGGGACCAGACAGCAAAGCAGGUCAGCGCAUCAAGAUAACAAAAGAUGGCAAAAAGACUUUUGUAAACCAAGCCAAGAUCAUUGAAAAGGAUGUUCAAGUCAACAACCAAACCUAUAUCCAAGUCAUUGAUCGAGUCUUGGAGCCACCUAUGUCCUUGGGGGAUGCCAUCAUCGACAGAAACAAGGCCGUUUUCGACCUCAUGAACUCCACCGACAUGAUUGAUUUGCUAAAGGAAAACAAGCCAUUUACAGUCAUCUUGUCGAAGCGAGAGGAUCCCUUGGAAAAGUUCAAUGGCAUUGAAAGCUCAUAUCUGAGAUCAACUUAUGGAAAGGAGGAUUUAUCUCUGUAUUUCAAGUAUGCCAUCAUUGACAAGCCAAUUUAUAUCGACGAAUUCAAUUCAGGAAAGACCACAUACAAAUCGUUAUCGGGAGAUUCCUUGGUCAUUGCAGCUGACAAGGACAAGAAAUCCAUCACGGUCAACGAUAUUCCUCUUGCACAAACCGACGUCAUUGCUGCGAACGGAGUGAUCCAUGAGAUGGACGACACAUUCAAGUUUGAUGGCAUUGAUUUCACUACCAGAAAGUACAUGUACGGCGCAAAUGGCACGCACAUGGCGGAAUUGUUUGAUAAAUACGACGUGGGCCACUAUAUUGACCAAAAGGAACGCAGCUACACCUUCUUGAUCCCUCCUCCUGACAAAUUGAAUCAAUCGCUUGUAUCAAAAUCUUGGCUUAGUUACCACGUAGUUCAGGGUUCUUGGCCCCAAGAAAAUUUGCUGAAUAAUAUGCUGCUCCAGUCUGAAUUCAAGUCAAAUGACCUCGCCAACAACUACCAGCGAUUACCUGUCUAUGUCGAAACAGAAAACGUAGUAUCUACUAGCAGUCAGUCUGUUCAGUUUGACAAAGCCAGAGUGAUAGGAGAGAACAUCCAUAUCCAUGACGAUGUGAUCUAUCAGAUAUCCGAGCCCCUUAUUCUACCAGGAGACAUUCUUGGAAAGCUUGUCGCUGAUCUUGACUUAUCGACGUUUAUCGCAACACUCUACGUCUCUGAAGUAGUCGAUGAAAUCAAGAAUACCCAAGGACUGACGUUGUUUGUGCCCACGAAUGAGGCAUUUCAGAAUCUUGGUCUCGUUGCAAAAUACCUCGUUCACUCAUCUGCGAAAUCGGAAUUGCAGGCUGUUUUGAGAUAUCACGCUGCCAAAUCAUUAUUGUAUUACGACGAUAUGACAUCUAAAGUGCAUGAAGUAGCCACAUUGGCUAACUCCACCCUACGCAUCAGUCAGGACGAAUCGGGCUCUGUGAUGAUCGGCAGACCUGAAGGCUCAAGUGGAAACACCGCUACUAUCACACACGCCAAUAUGUUGGUCUCCAAUGGUGUGGUUCAUAAAAUCUCCCAGGUGCAAAUACCAAAUCAAGUAAAGAUCUCUAACCAGCACUUGCUGGUAGGCAUUGAGGCAAGCAUUAUGAUUCAAAUAUUGAAAAAGGCAAAUCUAUUGGACAAGAUCAACCAAGAUAACAUGGUCGUAUUGGCACCUUCUGACAAGGCAUUUGCUCACAUCGAUUUGGACGCUCUGUUCGCUGAUCAGUGUCAGUUGGAGAGACUCGCCAAGUUACACGUUGUGCCUACCGCUUGGCAGGAGAGAUGGAUCACGACGUUGGAUAGCAACAAAAACCGACACGAUAAGAGCGAAUACCCAACAUUGCUGUCAGAUGAUGAUAAAGUAGCCAUCAGAGAAAACGAAAAGGGAGAGUUGUCUGUCGAGGUCAAGAACGGCGGUGAGAGUGACAGGGCUCAUGUCAUUGGUCUGGGGCGUGUCUCUGCUGGUGGAGGUGUCAUUGCCAUUGACACGGUGCUGCUGCCCAUCCGAAGAGGCCUCUUUGGCCUUCCUAUUGUGUGGUCUAUUGUUGUCACAUUGACCAUCAUUAUUAUUACAGGUGGCAUUCUUAGCAUCAUUGGUUUCUUUGGCUACAAGGUCUACAACCGAAGAAGAUUGGGCUACAGACCCAUCUUUGAUUAA